AGGACAGCCUUGCCGAGCAAGCGAGGCCCUGCCGCGAGCCAGGCUGAAGCCCUGGAGCGCCUGGCGUUGCAGGCGCUGGCGCUGUACCAGGAGCCUCACAUGGCUGGCGCAGCCUCAGCGUUGCUGAUGCAGGUUGGGAAUGCAGACCCCAGCACCCUGCUGCAGGUCAUGAGCAAGGCGGCCAUUCGCGUGGACAUCAGCCCCGCGUACGCGUCCUCCGCCUUGCUGGUGCUGCAGCUCUUCGUCCAGCGUGCGCCCGAGAAGGUGCGGCCCCUGCUGCCGGGCUGCGCUGAAGCGCUGCUGCGGUGCCUCGACCCCUCGGAUCCCACGCUGCGGCGCCACAGUUUGCUGGCGGUGACCAGCGCCCUGCACGAGCUUGUGCAGACCUUCCCCAUGGUGGACUUCCACCAAGAGAGCCAGAAGUUUGCCGUGGGCACCGGCGAGGGUGUGAUCCUCGUCUACGACCUGCGCACCGCCACCAAGUGGCGCGUCUUCGAGGGCCACACAGGGCCAGUGGCCGGCCUGGGCUUCGCGCCGGAUGGCGCCCGCCUCGCCUCGUACAGCAGCCAAGACUGCACUGUGCGGAUGUGGCAGACCGGCACUGGAGGCUUCUUGGGGCUCCUGGGCCAAAGCCGCUGCAUCCGCCAGCAGUCGCUGCCGCCUGUGCCGGAGGGUGAGUGGAGGGCGGUGUGUUUGCGCUUCUCGGAGCGCGGCGUGCGGCUGGUGCGCGAGAACGGUGACAUGCUACACCUGGGCAUGGGCUGAGCUCGAGAUGUUUAAGCUGGCGGUUCACACAGUUGAGGCUUAACGGACCGGGCA